AUGGCCAGCCCAGUCGCCAGCUCUUCGAGGACAACCCUCGGCAGCUUGCUGAGGAGCUCCACAUCCUCCUCCACCAGCACCUCCUCGCGAGCUUCUUUCCUUGCCCGCCCCAUCUCCAGCCAAGUCCAGUCCAGCACCUUUUCUGAUGCAAUUGGCGCUGCUGCGGAGCCAGUAGCCCUAUCUGCGCCCGCAUCCACCGAGACCAACACUAGCAAUGACGCUGUCGAAAAGCGACGUCUCAGGCGCACGCUUAUGGUCCAGCUUUCCGACCUUGGUAGCACACAGACCCGCGCAAACUCAUUCCGACCAUACAAACAGCGUCUCAAUCCCAUCGAUGCUCACAAGCUCACCUUGAAACAUCUUGUCGCAUCCACCGCUCAGGUCGGCCACUCGCUUUCUUCGCUCAAAUCUGCCCACCAGCCCUACAUUUACGGUCAGCGUCACGGUGUCGCGAUUUUCGACUUGGAGCGAGCAACACUGCCAGCCUUGCGAAGGGCAGCAGCUGUAGUCAAGGCUGUAGCUGAAUCUGAUGGCGUCAUUCUCUUUAUCGGUACGCGUCCAGGGCAGCAGGCAGCAGUGUUGGCGGCUACCAAGCGUCUCGGUAGCAACGGCUUCCAUGUUACUGCCGAGCGAUGGAUGCCAGGUGUCAUCACCAACGCUCCCAAGCUUCUUGCAACAGCCAUCUUGAAGUCGAUCGACGACCUCGAUCCUUCCGGUUCAGCCAACACCAACCGUCUGGCAUCCCAGACUCUCCAGCCUGAUCUCGUCAUUGUUCUCAACCCUCUCGAAAACUCUUUCGCUAUCCGUGAAGCUACCCAGGCCAACAUCCCCACUAUCGCCAUCACUGACUCGGAUGUCGACCCGAGAUCCGUCACCUACCCUAUCCCCGCCAACGACGACUCCAUCCGCAGCGUCGAACUCAUCAUCGGUCUUCUCUCAAAAGCAGGACAAGAAGGUCUCCGAGUCAGGGCAAAGAAGCUCGACGAGGCCGAUAAGAUCGAGCGCAAGGUUAACAGGACACUUCACAGCCGUGUUGUGGGCGCCAACUUUGACCCUCGAUCUCGAUCUGCACCCAUUCGCACUGUUCCCAAUUCCGAACAAGACGACGAUUGA